AUGAGGAGCAGUGAGUAUAUCGAGCUCGAACGGUUUCCUCUGGGAACCAAUACGGAGUCAUUAAACGCCAAAAGUGCUCUCAAAAAUAAGUAUAACUUUACCAAUACGCAGCUACAAUUUAUUCUACUGCGACUUGGUGAAGAAGUUGGUGACGAAAUUGAAAUUGAUGAAGAAGUUGGUGGUGCUGCUGAUAUACAGUUGUCAAGAAGUGCGGAAUUCUUGAUUGACAAAAUUAGUAUGCUUUCCAACGAGGUAGCAGUUGAAAUACUACGAAACGCACUUGUUGAAUUGAAAGAUGAUGUUAAUUUCCCUCAUCAAGAUUACCGUUUAUUAGAAAGAUUGGUGAACACUAUACCUCAGGAGGAGGAGGAGGAAGAAGAAGACCAAGACGAGUUGAAAACCGUCUCCAUUGAGAAAUGGUCGUUAGAAGCAAGAGUAGAGGCUGCAUUAAUUCAUUACCACUCACCGUAUCCCGAAAUUAGAGCUAUUACUGACCCAUUCGACGACCCAGAUGUUCCCGUGGAAACUUUGAGAUGCUAUGUUAUUGGCCUAGGCUGGACGUUCAUCGGCUCGGUAAUCAAUAGCUUUUUCAUCCACAGAAUGCCCAGGAUCUCUUUGAGCUCGCAUACUAUACAAAUCUUACUAUAUCCAUGUGGUAAGUUAUGGGAACGAGUAAUUCCCAAAAAAAAGCUUUAUUUGGGGAAGAAUUAUGUCAUAGACUUAAAUCCAGGACCAUGGACAUAUAAGGAAAUGAUGUUGAGUACAAUAAUCUACCUGUGUUCUGCGGGUGUCCCCUACCUGAUAUACAAUAUCUUUGUUAUGAAACUUGACAAAUUCUAUGGUCUCAAAUGGGUAAGUCUAACUUUUCAAAUCCUCCUCACUGUCUCUACUCAGUUUCUUGGAUUUGCAUUUGCGAUGAUUAUGAAAAAAGUAUGCGUGUUUCCAAGUAGAUCAAUCUGGCCAACUGUGUUGCCAACAAUUGCAUUAAAUAGAGCACUUAUGAAUGAAGACGCAAAUAACACUGUACAUGGAUGGAAGAUUUCUCGGUAUAUGUUCUUUAUAAUUGUGCUGUUGUGUAGUUUUGUUUGGAACUGGGUGCCAAACUAUCUAUUCCAAGCAUUAUCUAAUUUCAAUUGGCCUACUUGGUUUAAUCACAAACUGAUCCAUUUAACUAAUAUCGCAGGUACAAAAAUGGGAUUGGGACUAAAUCCGUUGCCGACAUUUGAUUGGAACCAAAUCGAUUCAGGAGCUUGUUUAACCAUUCCUUUUUACACAUAUGUAAAUCGAUAUUUGGGAACAUUUUUAGGAUUCAUCUUGAUAUUGGUUAUUUACUACACCAAUAACUACUUUACUGCAUACCUUCCUAUUAAUUCCAAUCACCUUUUCAACAACAAAGCCAAGGAAUUUAACGUACACGAUAUACUCAACAACAAGAGUCAAUUUGAUAACUCCAAGUAUCAAGAGGUGGGACCUCCAUAUUUUUCUGCGGCCAAUUUAGUCGUUUAUGGAGCUUAUUUUUGUUUAUAUCCCUUUGCAAUUUUAUACAUGGGAGUUUUAGAAUGGACAUCAAUGAAGAAUGCAUUUGGUAAUGUUUGGACGUCACUAGUUGAUGCAUUCAAAAGAAAAACUCAUAAUGAACAUAGACAACUCGAUACGUUUUCUGAGGAUCCCCAUUGUAAGAUGAUGGCAAAAUAUAAAGAUGUACCAGAUUGGUGGUUUAUUGCAAUAUUUGUCGUUAGCACCUUGUUUGCUAUUCUGGCCGUGUUAUUUUAUCCUGUGGAAACACCAAUUUGGGGUGUUCUUUUUACAAUUCUCAUCAACUUUAUCUUUUUAAUACCUAUAACAGCAAUUGCUCUGGUUACAGGUUUUUCAUUUGGUUUGAAUGUACUUGUGGAAUUGAUUGUUGGAUACGCAAUCCCCAAUUCUGGAUUAGCCUUAAUCACAUUAAAGGCAUUUGGAUAUAAUAUUGAUAGCCAAGCUAGUAAUUAUAUCACUGAUCAAAAAAUAGCUCACUAUUCUAAAGUCCCGCCGAGAGCUAUUUUUAAAGGGCAACUAAUAUCGACUUUGCUCAAUAUAAUUGUUUCAUUAUCUAUAGCUAAUUGGCAGUUAACCCACAUUCCUGAUAUUUGUCAAAUACACCAGCGCGACAAUUUUAGUUGUCCUGGAGCCAAUACCUAUUUCUUUGCAAGCAUUCAGUAUGGAGAAAUUGGACCAGCUAAAGUGUUUGGUGGACUAUACCCUAUCCUAAAAUGGUGUUUCCUACUAGGAGCACUUUUGGUAAUUCCAAGUGUUUGGUUCAAAAAAAAAGCAAAUGUCAAGUUAACAAGAUACUUUCAGCCAACUAUUAUAAUCGGCGGUUUCUUGGAUUUUGCUCCUUAUAACCUUGCGUACUUCACAAGCGGCUUAUACUUGUCUUUUAUCUUCAUGUACCUGAUCAAAAAACAUUAUCUACUAUGGUGGGAAAAGUAUAAUUACAUCUUAACAAGUGCACUAUCGGCUGGUGUUGCAUUCAGUGCGUUAUUGAUAUUUUUUACCGUGCAAUAUAAUUCACAUGAGUUGAAAUGGUGGGGAAAUUCAGUUAGUCGACAGGGGAUCGAAGGUGGUGAAUUGCCUGAUAUAUGGAAGGAUAUAUCUACGGCUCCUGAUGGCUAUAUUGGAUUAAGAAAAGGCCAUUAUCCAUAG